AAGAAGACCACACACGAAAGCAGCGCUUGUAGGAUACGAAAGAAUUUUCUACUGUCAACAAUAACAGCUUUGGAAUUUCCACAGUAGUGUUCUUCUGGAUGUAUGGCGCUUUACAGAUCAACAGACGUCCAGGAGCUACUGAGGGACAAGUUUGUUGUGUUCAUUGGUGACUCCAAUUCUCGGGGGAUGUACAAGGAUUUACUCAGCUUGAUGGACAGUGAUAGCUUUAUUUCACCUAAUAGGCUACGGACAAGGGGAGAGUUAUCAUUUUUAAAUGAUACUCUGUGUCAUGGGGGAAGUUUAGUUAAGAUGCAUAAUGGCGUGGCAUUCAGAGAAGAGAGGGAAUUUUACAACGCCACCUUCAUGAUGCGAUACUUCUAUAUAACCAGAGCAUACAACAACUAUGUCAGUGAUGUGUUGGAUCGGCUACUGCAGCAUGCAUUCACACCAGAUGUUGUGUUUGUGAACAGUGGUGUGUGGGACCUGACAAGGUAUGGUAGAGGAGAGACAGUAUUUAAAGAGUACCUGGCAAAUUUGCACAGAUUGUUCCAGCAUCUUAACAGAUUACCGGAGGAAACUCUGGUGAUAUGGAACACCACGCUGCCCGUGUCAGAUAACAUCAAGGGCGGAUUUCUGCUGCCGGAGAUUCAGCAGCUGAGCCUGAUGCUGCGAUACGACGUACUGGAGGCAAACUACGUCACCAUGCAGAUUGCCGACUCGUACGGCUGUGACAUUCUUGACCUUAGUCACAGCCUACGCAGUAUGAUGCACAUGAGGCGCGACGACGGCAUACAUUGGAACAACGUUGCGCACAGGCACAUGACCAACCUGAUGCUUCGUCACAUAUCGAUGGCGUGGAGCACGAGAAUCCCGAUACGCCCCAUCUCCAUCGACGUCAUCGCCGCCGCUGCCGCCAUGCGCAUCAACCAGCCGGCGACGCGGCAUCCCGCCGCGCGCUCCGUCUCCCUCAUAGAUCUGACGGUCGAAGACGAACCGGCGGCGCGUCCUGUCGCCGUUACACAACAAUCCACGCGUCCUGUCAUCGUUGCGGACGAACCGGCGCGUUCCGUCACCGUCAACGACAAACCCUCCACCUUCAAGGACGAACCGGCGCGUUCUGUCACCGUCAAGGACAAACCCUUCACCUUCAAAUUCGAUCCGCCGCGUUCCGUCACCGUCAAGGACAAACCCUCCACCUUCAAGGACGAACCGGCGCGUUCCGUCACCGUCAAGGACAAACCCUUCACCUUCAAAUGCGAUCCGCCGCGUUCCGUCACCGUUACGGACAAACCGGAGCAGGGGCCUGUCGCCAUCGAGGCCGAGGGGAAGGAAACGCAACGCGACCGAUCAGUUGCCAUGGUGAAUCGGACGGGAACUAGCGAGGCAGCCCGCAGUAGGGGUGCUAGCGAUUCGCAGUCGAGUUGCAAGCAGCAGCAGCAGAAGACGAAGAAGAUGAUGAAGCAAGAGCUGAAAGAGCAGCAGCAGCAGCAGCAGCAGCAGCAGCAGCAGCAGCAGCAGCAGCAGAAGAUGAAGAAGAUGACGAAGCAACAGCGGAAGGAGCUGCAGAAGCAGCAGGAGAAGAAGAAGUUGAAGAAGCAACAGCGGAAGGAGCAGCAGCAGCAGCAG